AUGACUGUAAGUAGUGAAUCUCCUUUAAGAAGGUUUCCUUUAGUUUUGGAUUUGCUUUACUGGCGUGAUCGCAAGAAAUCUGCCGUUGUCUUGGUCAUUACCCUUAUUGCGCUCUACGUUCUGGCAACAUAUCCACUGAUUUUGGUGUUCAGUUAUCUCGGAUUAGCUGUGCUCGGUGGAACGUUCUGCUUCAGAGUUUACAGACUUGUUGAGGCGCGAAUAAAGAACAAAGAUGCACCAAAUCCUUUCCAACCGUAUUUGGAUCACAAAAUUGAAAUCCAGGAGGAUAAGGUACACCAGCAAGCCGAUAUUAUAGCUGAACACUUAAAACACAUGGCUGUCGAGCUGAGACGCCUUAUACUUGUCGAAAACAUGUGUGAUAGUGUUAAGUUCGGUCUCCUGUUGUGGGCGCUCACUUAUGUCGGAUCGUGGUUUUCGGGGUUUUGUCUUUUAACUAUGCUUGUUUUGGGUAUAUUCACGGUUCCAAAAGUCUAUGAAGUGUACCAAGAGCCUAUAGAUGCGAACCUAGCAAUCAUAAAAUCGAAACUAGAAGAAGUAUCAAAAAUGAUUGGAGAGAAGGUACCGUUCUUGAAAUGCGGUAAGGCAGAAACACACGAGAAGACUACAUAA